CGUUCUAAUUGGACGUGCGCCAAAAAGUCGAUCGAAGUGAUACCAAAGCUUCGUUCGGACGGCGUAUGCGUCAGUAGUAAAUCUCGUGUUUAUGUCGGACAUGCGGAAUUGAGUCAGUGCGCGGUAUCCCGUCUAACCAGCGACGGUACGCAACUACUUUCGAUUAUUCGUAACGUGAAAACGUAAAAGAAAUCGGUGUCAGUUUUAUUUGUUCGAUAUUACAAGAAACGAUCAUAAUUUCAUCAAUACGAGUUUAUUUUUUGAUGGAUUGUAUUUAUUACGUGGAAAUAAAUAUUCUUUUGCAAACUACGCUGCUGCGUAUAGUUACGCGACGAUCGUUGCGUUGACGAGGAAAAAAAAAAAAAAUAGAAUAAAAAGUAAAUUAUACGUGAAGCGUGAUCUUAAAAAAUUAGCCGCGUGAUCGAGCAUAAUUCCAGGUGCUAAAUUUAAAUGUGUUGCCUCGAUCCCCUUGGGUUAUUUCAUCUAGGUUGGCUGCGCUCGAACGGUUUGCUAGCAAAGCUCUAUCAUCAGCCCUGCCAGCAGUGGUAUUGUUGAUCGUCAUUACCAGAUAUAUACAUAGUCGUGGUCGCCAUUGCCGGCGGUAGCGGCACUGUGAACACCGCCUGCGCCAUCGCGAGCUACCACCACUACGCGAGUCAGUCGACAGUCUGCCGGCGAGCAGUGCGGACGCGUCGUGAAAGAAUUUAAUCAUCGUUGCUCGCAAGUAUUUGCUGGCACGACCGCGAUUUGCCCCACCGUCGGUGCCACGGUAACACACGGCUCCCGCGGACAAAACCAUUUCCCCUCUGCCCGGCCCGACGACCCUCCCUUCCGUCGGUUACCCGGUGUUCUACCAGCGCCGCGGCAGUUCCCCUCUAUUGAUCGAAUUUGACCUGCGAAGUUUCCCCUAGCGUGUGCAGUAGUGGCGGCCGGCAGUGGCUCUCGCGCUUACGUUCCUCGGUUAGUGCGGUAAAUAAUCGCGAUACCUCGGCAUGGCUACUCCGACCGCUUGCACGCGGUUUAGUGACAAUUACGAGCUCAAAGAGGAACUGGGCAAGGGUGCCUUCUCUGUGGUUCGACGAUGCGUUCAGAAGAGCACUGGUCACGAAUUCGCUGCGAAGAUCAUAAACACGAAAAAGCUCACCGCCAGAGAUUUUCAGAAGUUGGAACGUGAGGCACGGAUAUGCAGGAAAUUGCAGCAUCCGAAUAUCGUGAGAUUACACGACAGCAUACAGGAGGAGAACUAUCAUUACCUCGUUUUUGACCUCGUGACCGGCGGCGAACUGUUCGAGGAUAUCGUGGCGCGAGAAUUCUACAGCGAAGCGGACGCGUCUCACUGUAUCCAACAAAUCCUGGAAAGCGUACACCACUGCCACCACAAUGGAGUUGUGCACAGGGACCUGAAACCCGAAAAUUUACUCCUCGCAAGUAAGGCGAAGGGCGCGGCUGUGAAAUUAGCGGACUUUGGAUUGGCGAUCGAGGUGCAGGGUGAAGCGCAGGCAUGGUUCGGUUUCGCUGGGACGCCCGGUUACCUCAGCCCGGAAGUCCUCAAGAAAGAGCCAUACGGCAAGCCAGUCGACAUCUGGGCGUGCGGUGUCAUUCUUUACAUCCUUCUGGUCGGUUAUCCGCCAUUCUGGGACGAGGAUCAGCAUCGAUUGUACGCGCAGAUCAAGGCCGGAUCGUACGACUAUCCAAGCCCAGAAUGGGACACCGUCACGCCGGAAGCCAAGAACCUAAUCAAUCAGAUGCUGACGGUGAACCCAAGCAAAAGGAUCACCGCCAGCGAGGCAUUGAAGCACCCAUGGAUCUGCCAACGUGAACGUGUCGCGUCCGUUGUCCACAGACAAGAGACUGUGGAUUGCUUGAAGAAAUUCAACGCAAGGCGCAAAUUAAAAGGCGCUAUUCUGACGACGAUGUUGGCGACGAGGAACUUUUCCAGUAAGUAUGAUGCACAGGGUCGGAGCAUCAUCACGAAGAAGGGCGAUGGCUCUCAGGUGAAGGAAUCGACCGACAGCAGCACAACGAUCGAGGACGAUGACGUGAAAGAGGAUAAGAAGGGCGGCGUCGACCGGAGCAGCACGGUCAUUGCCAAAGAACCCGAAGGCCCCGCCUCCCAGGGCACGCCCCCGAACAGUCCCGCCGCCGCCGUGUCCGCGUUCUCCAGGGUAGUUGGGGCGGCGAGGGAGACGAACAAGCAGAACCAGGUUCAGGGAAACCCCCUUGGAUUAGCCGCGGUACUCCUACAGGGAGCGCAAGCUGGCAGCGCAGGAAGCGGUAGCAGCAGCGGUAGCAGCAGCAACAGCCAAAACAGCCAGACUGGCGCGUCACCGUCCUCGCCAGCGGCCAUCUACAUCGGCAGCAACCACGCGGCGACGCCCACGGCAUCGUCGCGACGCUACGACUCCUCGAGCAACGAAGCGGAAAUUCGACGCGCGAACAACCCCGGGUACAUGCCGCUUAAUCAAAACGGAUCAGAAGAUGGUAAGAAGAAUAUCAACGCCGCACGCCGUCAGGAGAUCAUCAAGAUGACUGAGCAACUCAUAGAAAGCAUCAACACCGGAGAUUUCGAGGCGUACACGAAAAUCUGUGAUCCACAUCUGACUGCAUUCGAGCCAGAGGCUCUAGGUAAUUUAGUCGAGGGAAUGGAUUUCCACAAAUUUUACUUUGAUAAUGUCUUGGGGAAAAACUGCAAAGCCGUGAACACGACGAUCCUGAAUCCCCAUGUACACCUGCUUGGCGAAGAUGCCGCGUGCAUCGCGUACGUUAGGCUGACACAGUACAUGGACAAACAAGGAGUAGCGCACACCCACCAGAGCGAGGAGAGCCGCGUAUGGCACAAGAGGGACAACAAAUGGCAAAAUGUGCAUUUCCAUCGUAGCGCGGUCACAGGCCCGUCGCCGUUCACCUAUAAUCACAAGUAAAUCGAUGCGACGGUUCAAAAAAAAAAAAAGGGGAGGAAGAGAAGGAAGAGCGAGAGAGGAAGUUUUAUCAACGAUAAUGUUUUUCGUCGCUAGCUUUUUUCUUCGAUCUAUAUCCAAGCGAUUUUAAACGAAUUAUAGAUAGAGGUGAAGAAUGUUCGUCCGAUGGUAUCCUUUCAAUUUUAUAAUAUCCGUUCGAUUUUAUUAUCAUGCAUGAUAAACGUAACGAUCAUCCAAGCUUUUUUACUUUCCCCUCUGUAAUACUCUGAUCUUCGAGAUCUUUUUUGCUGCUUUCUGACUUCAAAACUCUCGUCGUUACACAUUUGCGCAUUUCUCGUAUCGAACGCUGAUUCGAACAGUGUUUUAGUCGAAUCCCCCUAUUGUUG